AUGUCAUCCUCUGGUGGCUCGUCAGAGCAACAAAUCAACAAGGAACACAAAGCCAGAAGAGCAGGUAACAAAUUCAAAAAGAGAGAGGCUCAAAGAAAGAAAAAGCUCGGAAUUUCCGAAGAACAACAAAAGAAUGAUUACGUGAAUAAUCGUGCAAACACAGUCGGUAAAGGAAAUGCCUAUGCAAGAGAUUUAAAGUAUAAAUUAGAUAAAUUUGAGACAAAACUACAUGCUCCGAUUACAUCAAGAGUUUACGGAGAAGGUCCUCCCAAGCUUGUUGCAGUGGUUGGACCUCCAAAAUCAGGCAAAACUACUCUCAUCACAAGUUUAGUCAAACAAUAUACCAAACAAACACUAACCGAAGUGACUGGUCCAAUUACUGUCCGAACAGGAAAGACUAGAACAACAUUCUUUGAAUGUCCCGAUGACAUUAAUGCAAUGAUCGACAUUUCAAAAACAGCAGAUUUAGUUUUACUUUUGAUCGAUGCUUCUUAUGGAUUUGAAAUGGAAAACUUUGAAUUUCUAAACAUGUUACAAGUACAUGGUAUGACUCGAGUGAUGGGUAUUUUAACUCAUUUGGAUUUAAUCAAGAAGAGUAGUACAGUAAGAAAAUUAAAAAAGAAACUCAAGCAUCGAUUUUGGACAGAAGUUUGUGAUGGUGCUAAAUUGUUUUACUUGAGUGGAUUGAGAGGAGGUCUCUAUACACCUCGUGAAACCAUUAAUUUGAGUCGUUUCAUUUCUAUUAUCAAACCAAGACCUAUCAAAUGGAGAACCACUCACUCAUGUGUGGUUGUGGAUCGUUUUGAAGACAUUACUGAUCCAGAGUUGAUUAUGCAAAAUCCAACCAUCAACAGACAUGUUUGUUUGUAUGGUUAUGUAAGAAAUACCUUCUUGCGAAAGGGUACUCCUGUUCAUAUUCCUGGAUGUGGUGAUUUUACGAUCAAAGCUCUUUCAAGUCUAGAGGAUCCUCUUCCACCAAAACCAAAAGAAAAGGAGAGAUCCAAAUUAGACAAAUACAAGGGAUUGUAUGGUCCAAUGAGUAAUUUAGGAUCAGUAUUCUAUGAUAAAGAAAGCGUUUAUGUGGACAUGACCAAUACAUUUACAGAUUGGAAUGCAUCUUCAGGUGGACAUCAUCGAGGUGGUAUUGAUGAGGCUGAAGAAUUACUUCUCACUCGUAAAGGAAAAGAAAUUUCUUCUGAAAAGAGAGAGGAACGAAAACAAAUUGCAGAGGAAACCUCAAAGAUCGUACAGUCACUUCUAAAAGCAUCUAGCAAUGAUAUCAAUUUGGAUGAAAAGCUUUCCAAUCAACAGGUGAAGCUACUUUCGAAUGCCAAGUCAACACUCGAUGCAAAGAAACCAUCCAAAACAACCUCUCUUCAUCAAGAAGAGACUAACGAAGAAGAAGAAAGUGAUGACUUUGAUGAGGACAUGGAUGAAGAAGAAUUCAUUCAAAAGUAUUUAGAUGAAUCUGAUGAGGGUGAGGAGGAUGAUAACGAUGAAAUGGAAGAUGAUGACGAUAAUGAAAACGAUCAAUUUAGAAAGAGAAGAGGUUUAUCUAUUCUCAUGAAUAAUGAUGAUGACAAGAAUGAUGAUGAGCUUUAUGCCAAUGCUCUCAACAAGGGAAAUUCGUCCAAGAAAGAAAAUAUCGUCUAUGACGAUGAUGAUGAUGAUUCUGAAAACAUGGAAGAAGCACACAAUCGUGAAAUGAAGAAGGAAUUGAAGUUGCGAGGUUUAAGCUCAAAGGAUGACUCGGACUCUGAAUAUUUUGAACCUAGAAAAUUGAAGGUCAAUGAAGUGACUGGUCAAUUUGAAGCCAAUGAAGACUAUCUCUCUGACUUGGAAGAUGAAAUUGAUGAAAUGGGACAAUCCUCUAAUAAGUGGAAGGAAACUAUGGAAGAACGAGCGUCUAGUGCAUUCUAUGAUGUUGGUGUGAGUUUACAAGAAUUGGUUUAUGGUAAUGAACAAGAAGAAGAUGAACAAGAUAGUGAUGAUGAUGAAAUGGAUGAAUCAACUCAACAAGAAGAAAAUCAUUCCAAUGAUUUGGAUUCCAUUUUCAACUUUAAGAAACAAAUUACUGAAAAGAAAAAGAAGAUCAAUGUCAAUAGAUUGAAGAUUGAUCAUGCCGAUCGUUCACGAAUUCAGCUAGAACCAACUGAAAUUAAACAUGACUGGGACGAUGCUGAAUUCAGAGAGACCAUCAGAAACAAAUUUGUUACUGGAGAUUGGACAAAAAGAAGAAGUGCUAAAGAGAAUGCGACAAAUGAGGAAGACUCUAUGAAUGUAGAUGAAGACAAUGAUGAAUUCACGAACAACAUGAAGGAUGGAGAGAUGGAUGAGGAUGGACUUGAUGAAGAUGAUAUGGAGAAGGUAGAAGACUCUCUAGCCUCAUCAGAAUUGGAAAGAAAAAGAAUGGAAAAGAAAAAGGCUUUUGAUGCUCAAUUUGAUGAAACGAAGAGUUCAAAAUUAGAUUCCAAGUCAGCCAAAUCCACACAACAAACGAAUGAAGAAGAUCCAAUCACUACCAUUGAAAAACUUAAAAAGAAACUUCGUGAAGAUGAUCCACAAACCAUUCUGAACAAGACAGAAUUUGAAAAUUUGACUCGAGAACAACGUGAAGAAAUUGAGGGAAUCUCUCCAGGAACCUAUGUGAGAAUUGAAUUGGAAGGAUUUCCAUGCGAAUUUAUUGAAAAUGUCAACUUUAAAAAUCCAAUCAUUGUUGGAGCCAUGCACGCUGAAGAAUGCAGAAUGGGUCUUAUCAAGAUGAGACUCAAACGACAUCGUUGGUACCCCAAAACUCUCAAGAAUAGAGAUCCUCUUGUGUUUAGUAUUGGAUGGCGAAGAUUCCAAUCCAUUCCUACUUAUUGCAUGCAAGAUGAUAAUGGAAGACAUCGACAAAUCAAAUAUACACCAGAGUACAUGCAUUGCAUAGCUGCUAUCUAUGGACCUUUCAUUCCACAAAACACUGGUAUUAUUGCAUUCCAAACAUUGAGUGAGAAAGUUGAUACAUUUAGAGUGUCUGCUACAGGUUAUGUGAUGGAGAUGGAUCAAGACUUUUCAAUUGUUAAAAAGUUGAAAUUGGUUGGUUAUCCUAAAAUCAUUCACAAGAACACGUGCAUCAUUACUAAAAUGUUUAGUAGUGAAUUAGAAGUCGCUAAAUAUGAAGGUGCUGCAUUGAGAACUGUGAGUGGCUUGAGAGGAAGUGUGAAAAAGCCAUUCCGAGGUGAAAAAGCUUCACCUGGUGAUUUCAGAGCCACCUUUGAGGAUAAACUUAUCCGUGGAGAUAUUGUUUUCCUUCGAUGUUGGUAUGCAGUUGAAAUUGAACGCUUCUAUAAUCCAGUGUUCAAUCAUCUCUCUAAGAAAUGGUAUGGAAUGAGAACAGUUUCUCAACUUCGAAAAUUGAAACAACUACCAGUUCCUGUGAAAGAGGACUCUCUUUACAAACCCAUUACCUCUCGAUCCACUGCUGGUCAUGAUGCUCACUUUAAUCCAAAACCAAAAUUACUCAAACAAUUGCCAUUCACAGAGCAAAGAAAGAAGGUGGUUGAAGUGACUGGUUUAACCGAUGACUUGAAUCAAUACAUUGCUGAGGAUGCACCCAUCCAUGAAUUAACCACUGCAUUGAUGAGUGAUCGAGAAGUUGAAAGAGCAAACAUGCUUCGUAAACUCAAAGCGAUUAAUGCAGAGAGAGUGAAAAAGAAUCGAGUGCAAGAAAUGAAACUCAAAAUGAAAGAAAUGAAAUACCAAGUUCAAGAAGAGAGAGCCAAGAACAGAGCCAGAAGAGACACCAUGAAAAGAAGGGCAGUGAUGAAAGAAAUUAGUCGAGUGAAGAAAGCCAAAUAUUAUGUCAAAGAAGGAGGAGAAGAGACACAAUAA